GGUUCUUGACAUUGGGGAGGUGAAUAAACUGUUCCCAACGUUUCUUUCUCAGCACAAAGGAAAAUGUCUCAAUGACUUGACAUGUUCUGGUUGUGAAUUCAGGCUACAAGGGGACAGUGCAUUAAAAUGAGUCUCUCUGGGAAGAGUGAGGAGGAGGUCCCUGCCCCUAAAAUGAGUCUCUCUGGGGAGAGAGAGGAGGGGGGCCCUGCCUCUAAAAUGAGUCUUUCAGGGGAACAUGAUACCAAAGCUAAGAGUCCAAUCAAGCAGGAGAGACCAGCCUUCCCUGUUCCCAGCUGUGUGUCCAUGAAGAGUGACCGGUCUAUGGAACCUCCUAUAACGUUUAGAGAGGGAGACUUUUCUACUGAACAAAGGGGUCAGUUCUCUAAAAUGAGUCUCUCUGGGGAGAGAGAUGAAGGGGACCCUGCCUCAAAAAUGAGACUCUCUGGGGAGAGAGAGGGAGGACCUGACACCAAAGCUAAGAGACCAAUCAAGCAGGAGAGACCAGCCUCCCCUGUUCCCAGCUGUGUGUCCAUGAAGAGUGACCAGUCUAUGGAACCUCCUAUGAAGUUUAGAGAGGGAGACUUUUCUACUGAACAAAGAAACCAACAGAAGAGAUCAGAGUCAGAGAUUCUCAGUGGUCAGUCUUCCCAGAGUCAUCAAACAGACCUGGCCUCUAUAUUCAGUUUGCUUGAAGAGAAUAUUAUCACAUUAAUGAAGAACGAGCUGAAGAUGUUCAAGAGGAUUCUGAGUUCAGAACUCCCACAAGGCUUUGAGAGUCAGAAGCAGGAUAAGGAAGUGGUGGAAGCUGAAGAUGAGAAGCAGGAGAGCAGUGCCAGAGAGGGGGCUCUGAAGAUCACACUGCACGUCCUGAGGAAAAUGAACCAGAAGGAGCUUGCUGACACACUGGAGAAAAGUGAGCGUGCUGUGAUUUGCCAACGUGAACUCAAAUCUCAUCUAAAGAAGAAGUUUCAAUGUGUAUUUGAGGGGAUCGCUAAACAAGGAAACCCAACACUUCUCAGUAAGAUCUACACAGAGCUCUACAUCACAGAGGGUGGAACAGGAGAGGUCAAUAAUGAACAUGAGCUGAGACAGAUUGAGACAACAACCAGGAAACAAGCAAGACCAGAGACUGCAAUCAAAUGUAACGACAUCUUCAAACCCUUAACUGGACAAGACAAACUUAUCAGAACUGUGUUGACAAAGGGAGUCGCUGGCAUUGGAAAAACAGUCUCCGUGCAGAAGUUCAUUCUGGACUGGGCUGAAGGAAAAGCAAAUCAGGAUGUCCAAUUUGUAUUUUCAUUCCCUUUUCGGGAGCUGAAUUUGAUGAAAGAGGACAAACACACUUUGAUUGAACUUCUCAAUCACUUCUCAAUGGAAACCAAAGAAUCAAGAAUUUCCAACUAUGACAAGUACAAAGUUCUGUUCAUCUUUGAUGGUCUGGAUGAGUGUCGACUGCCCCUAGACUUCCAGAAGAACAAGAUCUGUUGUGACGUCACAGAGUCAACCUCAGUGGAUGUUCUGCUGACAAAUCUCAUCAAGGGAAAUCUGCUUCCCUCUGCUCUCCUCUGGAUAACUACCCGACCUGCAGCAGCCAAUAAGAUCCCUUCAGGGUUUGUUGAUCAGGUGACAGAGGUACGAGGGUUCAAUGAUCCACAGAAGGAGGAGUACUUCAGGAAGAGAUUCAGUGAUGAGGACCUGGCCAGCAGAAUCAUCUCACACAUAAAGACAUCAAGGAGCCUCCACAUCAUGUGCCACAUUCCAGUCUUCUGUUGGAUUUCUGCAAUAGUGCUUGAAGACAUGCUGAAACAUAAGAGAGAAGAGAUGCCCAAGACUCUGACUGAGAUGUACACACACCUUGUGGUGUUUCAUACCAAACAGAAGAAUGAAAAGUAUCUUGGGAAAGAAGAGACAGGUCCACACUGGAAUAAAGAGAGCAUUCUGUCACUGGGAAAACUGGCUUUUCAACAGCUUGUGAAUGGCAAUCUGAUUUUCUAUGAAGAAGACCUGAAGGAGGCUGGCAUUGAUGUCAAUGAAGCCUCAGUGUACUCAGGAUUGUGCACACAGCUCUUUAAAGAGGAAUGUGGGCUGGUCCAGGACAAUGUGUACUGCUUUGUGCAUCUGAGCAUUCAGGAGUUUCUGGCUGCUGUAUAUGUGUUCCUUUCAUUCAUCAACAACAAUGAGAAUCUUAUCACCAAACCUCAAUCAACAUCCAGGAACCUUGUUGCGCUGUUCAGAAACAAGCCUGGAGUUACUGUCUACAAGAGUGCUGUGGAUGAAGCCUUACAAAGUGAGACAGGAAACCUGGACCUUUUCCUCCGCUUCCUUCUGGGCCUCUCACUGGAGUCCAAUCAGAAGCACUUACGAGGUCUACUGACAAUGACAAGAAGCAGCUCACAGAGCCAUGAAGAAACAGUCAAGUACAUCAAGAAGAAGAUCAGGGAGAAUCCCUCUCCAGAGAGGUGCAUCAAUCUGUUCCACUGUCUGAAUGAACUGAAUGACCAUUCUCUAGUGGAGGAGAUCCAAAGCUACCUGAGAUCAGGAAGUCUCUCAGAAGCCAAACUGUCACCUGCACAGUGGUCAGCUCUGGUCUUUGUGUUGCUGACUUCAGAAGAGGAGCUGGAUGUGUUUGACCUGAAGAAAUACUCCAGAUCAGAGGAAGGUCUGCUGAGGCUGCUGCCAGUGGUCAAAGCCUCCAAAGCUGCUCUGCUGUCAGGCUGUGGAGUCACGGACAAAGGCUGUGCUUCUCUGGUCUCAGCUCUGAAGUCAAACCCCUCACACCUGAGAGAGCUGGAUCUGAGUAACAAUGACCUGAAGGAUUCAGGAGUGAAGCUGCUCUCUGCUGGACUGGGGAAUCCCCACUGUAAACUGGAGACUCUGAGGCUGUCAGGCUGUCAAGUCACAGAGGAAGGCUGUGCUUCUCUGGUCUCAGCUCUGAAGUCAAACCCCUCACACCUGAGAGAGCUGGAUCUGAGUAACAAUGACCUGAAGGAUUCAGGAGUGAAGCUGCUCUCUGCUGGACUGGGGAAUCCCCACUGUAAACUGGAGACUCUGAGGCUGUCAGGCUGUCUAGUCACUGAAGAAGGCUGUGCUUCUCUGGUCUCAGCUCUGAGGUCAAACCCCUCACACCUGAGAGAGCUGGACCUGAGCUACAAUCACCCAGGAGACUCAGGAGUCAGACUGCUCUCUGCUGGACUGGAGGAUCCACACUGCAGACUGGAGAAAGUCAAUGUGGAUCAUGGUGGAGAGUACACAAUGAAACCUGGACUUAGAAAAUAUGCCUGUGAUCUCACACUGGACCCAAACACAGCACACAGACUCCUCUUUCUGACUGAGGAUAACAGAAAGGUGACACGUAGCAGGGAGACACAACCGUAUCCUGAUCACCAGGAGAGAUUUGAGUUCUGGCAGCAAGUGCUGUGUAGAGAUGGUCUGACUGGGCGCUGUUACUGGGAGGUAGAGGGGAGUGGGGGAUUGGCUGACAUUGGAGUGACAUAUAAAGGAAUCAGCAGGAGAGGAAGGGGUAAUGACUGUGUUAUUGGAUCCAAUGACAAGUCCUGGAGUCUGUUCUUUUCUGACAAAAGUUACUAUGCCAGGCACAAUAAUGUUCACAUUACCUUAGACGUCCCCCCCUCCAGCUCCCACAGAGUAGGAGUGUAUCUGGACUGGCCAGCUGGCACUCUGUCCUUCUACAGAGUCUCCUCUGACACACUGACCCACCUGUACACAUUCUACACCACAUUCACGGAGCCCCUCUAUCCAGGGUUUAAGGUUAAUGAUGUUGACUCCUCAGUGUCCCUGUGUCAGGUGUUCAUGGGGCCAAAAAAACAUGAUGUUUCACUCUAAUCAUGUGUUUUAUGUUUGAUCACAAUAUGACAUUUAAAUACAUGGAGUAACACACACACCAGUUUGGACCAAUUUAUUCCUGGAAAUAAUAACCAUGGUAACUCUGUGUCAAUGGACACACACACUCGCACACUGGACACACAAUAACACACACUGGACAAACUGGACACACAAUAACACACACUGGACAAACUGGACACACAAUAACACACACUGGACAAACUGGACACCCAAUAACACACACUGGAUAUAUAUAGAUAUAACAGAAGCUAAUAGAACCAGGACACUUUGUCACAAGAUAUAACAGAAGCUAAUAGAACCAGGACACUUUGUCACAA